AUGGAUAGGAAUGUGCAAGUGCUAGAUGUCCGAACCGUAGAAUUGGAGGGAAAGAAAAUUAAAUUGCAAAUUUGGGACACUGCAGGCCAAGAACGGUUCCGCACAAUCACAACCGCCUAUUACCGUGGUGCGAUGGGCAUCAUGCUAACGUAUGAUGUUACGGACCGGGCGUCGUUCGACAAUCUAGCUAGCUGGGUGAAGAAUGUAGAGCAGCACGCAGCCGAAGAUGUUGACAAGGCACUGCUGGGCAACAAAACGGACAUGGAGGACAAACGACAGGUUACGAAAGAAGAAGGUGAGGCGAAGGGUGAGGAAUUGGGUAUGCCAUGGAUGGAAGUAAGCGCAAAGACUGGUUCAAAUGUGGACGAUGGUUUCCUAAUGUUGGCGAAGAUGGUUAAGAAGAGACUGAUAGAUAGCGCGAAGGCGAAUGCUGCUGGCCCGGCUGGAUCCGAAUCCGGCAAUAGUGUCAAACUGGCGAAGGGUGGAGAAGAGUCAGCGGCCGAAGGGAUCAAGAACAAGUGCUGUGCAUAAACUUUGCUUUGAUAGCGUCCCCUGGCGCAUGUGUGCGCACGAGGGAUCAAUGAGCUGCAGAGUUUGUCGCAGCUAUUGGUGGCCGAACCCGGACCUUCAUAACAUUUCUUUUCUCGUCGGCGUGACGGAGGGUGAACAAUCGCGGAUAGUGACUUUUCCAACAAAAUUAAUUCACACCAGUAUUAAAAACAGCAACCCUUCCUGCAAUCGUAUGCUGUACACAUCUCAACUGAGCACUGUAUAAUUCUAGCUUACGAGCACACACCUUCCUCGGUAUUCCGAGAAUAAUUCAUACCAUUGCUCAAUUCUGUAUAUCAUUAUUUACGCUACCUGGCAAUUCUAGAGAAAAC